AUGUCUCAGAAUCGUGGAGCCGUCAACCCUGCAGCCCGGGCACCCCUCGAGGUCAGGACCCUCGACACACCUACCCCAGGACCCGGUGAUAUCCUCGUCAAAAACGAGCUUAUCGCCAUCAACCCAGUCGAGGUCAGCAUCACCAAGAACGAUCUAUUCAAAUCCAAGUACCCCUGUGUAAUCGGCACGUCGUUCGGUGGUGAGGUCAUCGCUGUUGGCGAGGGUGUCUCCGACUUCAAGGUUGGAGACAAAGUCGCCGUCUAUGCCAGCCCAACCGAUGGCGACAAAUAUGCUGCCUACCAGGCCUAUGCGUUGGCAAAGGUGGACACGACCAUUCUCGUCCCAGAGGGCGUUGAUCUGGCUGUCCCUGUGAGCAUGAACGGGAACCUGACAACAGUCGUCGGCAUGAUCAGCGCCACAGCCGGAGUGCCCAAGCCAGACAUCGAGAGCGAAGUAGCCUCUACUGGCAAGAAGAUCCUCAUCUACGGAGGGACUUCUAACCUGGGUAGCUUGGCUGUACAGUAUGUUCGCCGGGCAGGCUACAGCGUGGUCACCACCACCUCGCCCAAACACAAGGCCUUUGUUGAAGCUCUCGGCGCCGAUAAGAUCAUCGAUCACAGCCAGGAUCGCGACACCCUUGUUAAGGCCUUCAUUGCCGAGGGGCCAUACGAUAUCGUCGUCGAUACUAUCUCCUAUCCCAACACUGUCAGCAUACUUGCGGAUGUUCUAGCCGCCCAAGGCGGUGGUACAGUCUACGCUACCAUGCCCCCCUUUGGCCCGGAGACACUGCCCCAAGGUGUGGUCCGUCAUUUUACUUCAUGGCCAUUUGUGCUGUAUAAGGAGGGCAAUGAGCACUUCAUCAGAUGGGCUUUUCAAGAGUUCUUUGCUAAAGGCAUUGCAAGUGGCAAGCUCGUGCCGACGCAGAUUGAAAGGGUUAGUGGCGGGUUCGAGGCGGUUAACUCUGCUUUGGAUAUCCUGGGAAAGGGUGUCAGCAACUCCAAGGUUGUUGUUGAGCUUGAGAAGUAA